AUGACUUUUACAUACUUUCCUCGUUCAUCCUUAUCAAUUUCAACAGCACGAAGACUUUUAUCUCGCGCAGCUGCAAACAAAAGAACAGGAGGACCGCCGCCAGGAACGCCUGGAGCAACAAAUUAUAACAUUACUGAUACACGUUACGAAGUAAUUAAGCGUAUCCUCUUUGAAACUCCUAAACCAGAAUUACCACAAUUCACAGAAGAAGAUCUUGAAAGACAUGAAACUAUUGAAAGAGCUUGGAAAUUAUAUUUACGUAAUCAACGUGAAGCGAAAAGUGAAGAAAUGUCAGCAAAAUAUAAUAUGUUAAAUGAAGCAAAUAUACAGCUUGAACAAAUAAGUAAAUCUUUAUUUGAUUCAGCCCAACUUGGUAAUAAGACUAUGUUGUUUCCGGGUCAAUUGAAAAUCCCUACAGAGACUCCUUCGUUAAGUGGAUGGAAUUAUGAUUACAUUCCUCCCCCGGAACCUGAUCCAUCACCUCAAACAAAGGAAAGAGAAGAAAAAGGUUCGGAGGAAGCAAAAAUUAUAGAGUGA